UGGUUUAAUAAUUUAUCCAAGUCUUCCAGUGUGUUACUUUGGACUUUUGAGGUGUGAAAGGUGAUUCACUAUGCAUCUGGUACUUGGUGCGUUGAUGGUUAUGUUAUAAACUUUUUAUUUGAAUAACAAUAUCACACAAAGUGUAAAGUUUUCUCUUUAGUAAUGGAGUUUUUGUUAGGCUUGUUGUGGGUUUGUAGCUGUGAACAGUGUGAUAGUGUUGAGUAAGGGCUUUAUAUGAGACGCACCUCCCCUCUGUUCAGCCCACAAUAAAUACUGCUAUAUAGAGCUUCCCUUUUUGUGCCAGUGUUUGUAGCUCUGUAUAUCACCCCAUUUCUUCAUUAUUAAUUUCUUUUAUUUUAAGGAAGUUUGGUUUAUUUAAGCAGAAUUGAAACAGCUGGUUGUAGAUGGCUGAAUGCAUCAGCUGACUGGAGACCAAAUAGUGACACAUGCUAGCCUGGGGAGAAGAAGAAAUGGAGAAACAGGUGGUGGAUAAAGCCAGGAGAGCAUUUAACACUGGAAGGUCCAGAGUCUUGCAGUACAGAGUUGACCAGCUCCGAGCUUUACUGCGGCUCAUCAGAGAGAGACAGGCGGACAUCAGUGCUGCUCUCACACAAGACCUGCACAGGAGUGUGUUUAACACACCACUUUUGGAGCUCAUCGGACUUGAGAAUGAAAUCAAGCUGGCUGUACGUGAACUCAGUGACUGGACAAGACCUCAGCAUGUUCAAAAAAGCCUCAUCACCCUGACUAACGAUGUUUUUAUUAAAGCUGAACCUUUGGGUGUGGUGCUGAUCAUUGGAGCCUGGAACUAUCCAUGGAGUCUUACUUUGGGGCCACUGAUUGGAGCAAUUGCAGCAGGCAAUGCUGCUGUGGUGAAGCCUUCAGAACUGAGUAAGACUUCAGCCAGCCUAAUAAAAGAACUGCUUCCUCAGUAUUUGGAUCAGGAGAUGUACCAUGUGGUGACUGGAGGAGUUCCUGAAACCCAGGAGUUGCUGAAGCAACGUUUCGAUCACGUCUUCUAUACAGGAAGCAGCACGGUGGGGAAACUGGUUAUGGAAGCAGCUGCACGGCAUCUCACACCAGUCACUCUGGAGCUGGGGGGGAAAAGUCCCUGCUACGUCGAUCAGAACUGUGACCUUGCUGUUGCUUGCCGUCGAAUCACCUGGGGGAAGUUUUCAAAUUGUGGGCAGACAUGCAUAGCACCAGACUACAUCCUCUGCAACACAAGCAUCCAAAACAGACUGAUUGAGGAGAUUCGACAGACAUUACAGGAGUUCUAUGGUGAGAACCCUGAAAGCUCUCCAGAUUACGGCCGCAUCAUCAACCAGAAUCACUUUGAGCGUGUGCUGGCCCUGAUGGAGGGAUGCAGCGUGGCUGUGGGGGGAGAGAGCGAUAAAUCACAGUGUUAUAUUGCUCCUACCGUUCUGAAGGAUGUUUUGCCUCACGCCAGGAUAAUGCAGGAAGAGAUCUUUGGUCCUGUGCUACCAAUCGUCACUGUCAAUGAUGUCAAUGAGGCGAUUCGUUUCAUUAAUGAAAGAGAAAAACCCUUGGCUCUUUACGUCUUUUCUUCCGAUAAGAAGGUGAUCAAACGAAUGCUGGGUGAGACAUCUAGUGGAGGAGUGGUGGUUAAUGAUGUAAUGAUCCACUACACAGUAAGCUCCUUACCCUUCGGGGGUGUAGGUAACAGUGGGAUGGGCAUGUACCAUGGCAAGCACACAUUUGACCAGCUUAGUCACAAACGUGCCUGCCUCAUCACGUCUCUGGGCAUGGAGAGUCUGAACAACGCACGCUACCCUCCACAAACAGAGUCCCGUCUGCAGAAGGCCCGGUUCUUCAUGCUGAAUCGCUUAUGCAGCUGUGCCCAUCUCACCGGCGCCUUGGCCAUCAUCUCCACCGUGCUGGCAUUGGGUCUGCUCAUCACCUUACUGGUCGUUCUGUUAAAGGGUUGGUGAUUUGAAGAAUCUAAUCAUCAUGCCUGAAGAUCAUCAGAGGCUCUGAAGAUCUAUACCUCAAGACAGUUGCAAUAGUAAUAAAUUGAGGCAAAGCCUGCCAAGAAGUAUUUACUGUAGUCUACAGUAAAAAAUGUAAUGUACAGUUUUGCUUUUAACUCUGGUAUUAACAGUGUGCUUUAUUGCUGCAGCCGCAUGUGGCAGUUAGAAAAACACAAACUUGUCAGCAAAACCCGGAUUUCCUGGGUUUUUUUUUUUUUGAAAAGCUGAUUUUUUAUGUUUAGUGAAGCAAGCAAAACAAAGAGCUGGUUCUUUGAUUCGGUGCUUUGAUGCUCAAGCCAGACAGUGAAAAUCUGAAGAAGGAUUUCUGCGAUAUUGAACGAUGACAGAAACAUGCCACCAGGUGGUGUGAUGUUGCUACAGUAUAAUAUGAUACAUGAUUUAUUUUCAGUAAUAAACUCAAUUCCACUCAUAAGUA